UAUUGUUUCUAAUCAGUCUACUACUGCAUGUUGAAACAAAUCAGUUCUACUUGAAUUGCAAGAUUCCCGAGUGUCGCUGUGUUAAGAACAGGACAAGUUCCGCAAACACGCAACAAACUUCCACGAACUUGCAGCAAUCUUCCAAUAACACGAUCGAAGGUAACGGAAACAAGGACGUAUGUUGCCCAAACUCCUUUUACGUUUUCAAGUUCCUGUUCCUGCUCAUUAAGUUAUUGAUUGCCCCAAUAGUAUGGCUCAGCGUGCUAUCUUUGGACGGUGAUUAUUACGCUUGUUCUGUGAUAAUGAAGUCUGGGAGAGUGGACAAUAUAACAUGCGCCGAAUUCAACUGCGAAAGGGAUUCCAACAGUUUUUUAACCGGACAACAGCAUCAUUGUGAUUUUUCGCGGCUCGUCGGUGGCCUUCUACUUUGCACGUCCUUGACCUGCCUACUUCUCUUGUAUUUCAUUUGUUACUGCUUUUGCUGUGGCGAAAAUAAAUAUCAUUACGAGUAUGAAUACAAUUGCAAGUAUAAAAAUAAUGAAACAGCGAUAAUCAUGGAAAAGAUAACAGAGAGGGCUAAGGAAAAAGUAAAUGAAAAACUUGGCAAAGACAUCUCAGACAAGUAUCAAUGCAUUCCUAAACCUCCAAAAAACAAUGAGAAUGGCGUCGCCGAGAGUGACCAGCGCCAGGGGUCCCCGUCCGGAGUGGGCCCUUCUCCAGAUCUCUCAGCCCCAGCUGUGCCGCAGCCUCAGCCCCGCUCUGGGUAUUCUAGCACAUGCCAGUUAGAAGAAAUAUCCCGCUUCAGACCGUCGAGUCCUCGCAAAGCCUCAGAUAGUGACCCGCUCCAGGCUUGCCCAGCCCGUGCCUUGCUACCGUCAGUGGUCUACUCCACGCGAAAGCGACAGUCUCGCUCCAGGCUCCACGCUGCCUCUGAAAAUGCCUCCUGUGAGAAACAAAGCUCACACAUUUCAAUAAUUGCAGUCCGAGACAAAAUCUGAAUCAGUAGUGUCCUUUAUUUUAUUCUUGCAAGAGGGUGUGAUGUCCAGUGUCUCUAAGGCAAGGGACAGACACUCCCCAAAUUCAAUUAAUACACAAUAUUUAUAUAAUUUGGUUUCUUUUGUUUUACAUUGCUCCUCCCCUGUUUAC